CGCACGCUCUCUCUCGGACUCCCCCUCAAUUUCUCUCGUCAUCACCAGACACACUUCGAUACGGUUCAAGUCAGUGCGCUGGUCAGGUUCCUGACUCCUCUGCCCAUCAGUGUCUUAAUACCAACCCAAUACAUUCGUGACCUUGCCUUUAAUUGCCCUGCCAGGCCGAGCACGUCCGUAUUCGACGUUGCUAAUGUCAAUCAGAGUCAUGGAUCGAUCCAUCAUCCGGGCACACACACAGAUGCAUGUUCCCAUGGCUCUGGAUUGAACGAUUAGCAAUCCGACGUGGACGAUUGACCACUAUCCAGAGACUCCAAACGGCGUAACCCUUCCUUCCUUUGCCUGUCUCUCACGAACGCAAGCUGUCAACCCCCAUGUGCCGGCCCAACUUAUACUGCCCAGUCGGUCCGUUGCACACCAGUAACGACGCUUAUCGCGAGGGGAGGAGCUCUGGGACUUGUUCAGAACUUCACGUCAUCGGCUUUGCGGGCCACUGCCCAGAGCAAACGAGCUCUGAGGGAAUUAUCCGCUGUUGUACUGCAGGCAAGGAGAAGGAAUGUGCAGCGUGCGACGUGCGACGUGCCUUUGCAGAAAACGUGGCGAGCCGGGAUCAACAACCCAAACCUCUUUGGUUUGGUCUUCCUUUCCUUUGGGCUUCUUCUCCCUUCCUCCGCGUCUCUCGCUUGCUGCUUGCUGCUUUCUCGAUACUGAACGGGAUGUCAAACCCGACAGUCCCCCACAGAGCUCGCCUCCCUGCCCCACUUGCUUGCCGGCAAUCAACGGCGUCCAUGUCUCGCCCGGUUGUCGCCGGAUCAAGACAGUAAAGAUCAUCUCUCCACCACCCGUCAGAUGUGACAGCUUAUUUGGUU